UUAAGUUUCAGUUUAAACUGAACUGCUCAGUUUUUCAUGGAACUUUGUGUCCUCAAUAGAUCAAUAUUUUCUUGUGCUGUCUUAGUGGUGACUAAUUUGAAAUCAUAUAAUCAGUAUUGCAGAGAAAGAAAACAUGGCAACUGUUGCUGUUAGAAAGAAAGAAGUGACUAGAGACCUAGAUCAUUGUGAUAUCCCAUACUAUGUUUCCGAAUUUGUGGAAAGAGAAGUUGGAAAUGACUAUGAUUCUCUGAGGAAGCUAGACAACCUUAUUGAAAAGCUAUCUGAAAAUAAGAAGCAGUUAGAAGAACAGGUACUUACAGUUUCAUCAGAAGUCCCUAAAAGAAUUCAGAAUGCCUUAAAGAAUGCAGAAGAUUCUAAAAAGUCUCUGGAUCAGCUUCUAGAGGAAGAAGCUCGUCUGUCUGCUUCAAUCAAUAGCCACUUACUGGAGGCUCAGCCGUGGAUGGAGGAUCUUGAUGUGCUGAUUAGUCAGAUAGAGGAGUUUGAACGACACCUCGCUUAUCUUAAGUGGGUUUCAAGAAUAGAGGAGUUAAGUGAUAGCAUCCAGCAGUAUCUGAUGACCAACAAUGUUCCAGAGGCAGCCAGCACUCUAGCAUUCAUGGCAGAGCUGGAUAUUAAACUUCAGGAGUCAUCUUGCUCUCAUCUUCUUGCUUUUGUGAGAUCCACUGUUAAAUUCUGGCAUAAGAUUCUUAAGGACAAAUUGUCAAGUGAUUUUGAAGAGGUUCUGACCCAGCUCCGCUGGCCCUUUGUGGGGCCACCACAGUCUCAGGCAUUUGGCCUUGCUGCCUCAGCCAGUGCUCCUGACGUAUACAACAAUUUGGAGAUGUUGUUUUGUCAGCUUCUGAAACUGCAAACCUCAGAUGAACUGUUAAGCACACCUAAACAAUUGCCAGAAAAGUACUCUUUACCCCCAUCACCACCCAUUAUCCUUCCAAUGCAGAUCAUGCUGAAUCCUCUUCAGAAAAGAUUCAAGUAUCAUUUCACUGGAAAUAAACAAACAAAUGUUUUAAACAAGCCUGAGUGGUAUUUAACACAAGUACUUAUGUGGAUUGGAAAUCAUACAAAGUUUCUUGAUGACAAAAUCCAGCCAAUACUGGACAAGGCAGGAUCUUCAGUGAAUGCUGGGCUUGAAUUCUCUCGUGCUCUAGUAAUGCUGAUUUUGGAGAAGCUGGCUGCUGAUAUUCCAUGCCUGUUAUAUGAUGAUACACUCUUUUGUCACCUUGUGGACGAGGUACUUCUAUUUGAGAGAGAGUUAUACAGCGUUCAUGGUUAUCUCAGCAGCUUACCCAGUUGCAUGCACAUUCUGUCAGAGGAAUCCUGCUUCCAAAGGUGGCUAACAGUGGAAAAAAAAUUUGCUCUUCAGAAAAUGGACUCAAUGCUUUCAUCAGAGGCUGCGUGGGUAUCGCAGUACAAAGAUAUCACUGAUGUUGAUGAAAUGAAAGUCCCUGACUGUGCUGAAACUUUUAUGACUCUCCUGUUAGUUAUAACAGACAGGUAUAAGAACCUUCCAACAGCUUCCAGAAAACUACAGUUCCUGGGCCUACAAAAGGAAUUGGUUGAUGAUUUCAGGAUACGAUUGACUCAAGUAAUGAAGGAAGAGACUAGAGCUUCCUUAGGAUUCCGAUACUGUGCAAUCCUUAAUGCUGUUAACUACAUAGCAACAGUGUUGGCAGACUGGGCUGACAAUGUAUUCUUCCUGCAGCUCCAGCAGGCUGAGCUGGAGGUUUGUGCAGAAAGUAACACUGUCAGUAAACUAGAGCUGGGGCAGCUGGCCUCGAUGGAGAGUUCUGUCUUUGAUGAAAUGAUCAACCUCCUGGAACGCCUGAAACAUGACAUGCUGACUCGUCAAGUAGAUCAUGUCUUCAGAGAGGUCAAAGAUGCAGCAAAACUGUACAAAAAAGAGAGGUGGCUAUCUUUACCAUCUCAGGCAGAGCAAGCAGUAAUGUCUUUAUCCAGCACAGCUUGCCCCAUGUUGCUGACCCUUCGGGACCGCUUGCUACAGCUGGAGCAGCAGCUCUGUCACUCUCUGUUCAAAGUUGUCUGGCAAAUGCUUGCAGAGAAAGUGGAUUUAUACAUAUAUCAGGAAAUAAUUAUGGCAAAUCAUUUCAAUGAAGGAGGAGCAGCACAACUCCAGUUUGACAUGAGUAGGAAUUUGUUCCCUUUAUUUUCACACUACUGCAAGAGACCAGAAAACUACUUCAAGCACAUAAAAGAAGCCUGCAUUAUCCUGAACCUGAGUGUUGGCUCUGCCUUGCUCCUGAAGGAUGUCCUGCAGUCAGCUUCAGAAAAUGAAACAACGUUCAAGCCAAACCAGCCAUCUGCAACAGCAGCACUAAAUGAACUUGGAGUUUAUAAAUUAAGUCAAAAAGAUGUUGAGAUUCUUCUCAAUUUGAGAGCUAGUUGGCCAAAUACAGGAAAAUAAAGACUUUUUCAGAAAUGGUUAA